AUUGUGUCAUGACAUGUUAUCUGCAUGUUUAUGUGCUGCUCUUUGCACUUAAGACAUUGCACCAAAUAGGAUUUUGCAGGUGUUGGAAAAUGCAUACAGUAGGCCACAGUUGCCGUGUCUGGACCAGUGCUAAAUUUAGCUUUUGACUGCCAUGGAACCACUGAGUUUUAUUACAGGUCAGUGGUAUGUACAUUAGCUAUGUGACUUGGAGACAAGUGAGUAACAUAGAGAAGGGAUAUGGACCCUGAUUGAAUCCACACAGCCUUCCUCUCCAUUCCUUCAUUCAAGCCUUUCCUUCCUUGGAGUAAUUACCUGGCUGAAAUGAAGUAAUCACUGAUCCAAAUACCCCCCACCCAACUCCCACAGUUUCACACACCCCACUUUCACCCACUUUGUACCACCCACUUUCAUAUGUUUAAAUCCACAGCCUUCCUCUCCUUUCCAUCAUUCAUUGUACCAGCCACUUCCAUCACUACUAUAACACCUAUCAUCUGAAAGCACUAAGUGAUCUUUGCACUUUGAAUAGAGAACACUGUUAAUCAUUCAGCCCAGGUAGCACAGUAGAAAGGAAAAAGCCUCAGUCCAGGCAGCACACAGCAGUGUAUUCCCCAUCCCAGUACCCCACUGUUACAGUGAGACAACAUGGCUGAGAAAGACUCAGAGGGGAUUAUAGCUACAGACCCCAGCAACAAUGAUGAUAGAAAAUGCCUUAUUAUCCGGAAGCUUCUGAAGUUCAACCCUAAAGAAGUGUUUACGUGGCAGCUGGUGAAGACAGUUGCUAUGGGUCAGGGUUUGGCUGCUCUCAUCUGCGGCACAGCAGUAACAUCCCAGUACCUGGCUUCAGACUACCACGUGGACACGCCCAUGCUUCAGAGCUUUAUGAGCUACACACUGCUCUGCCUCACCUACACCACCGCUCUGCUGUUCAGAACAGGGGAUGAAAAUAUGUUUCCAAUUUUAAAGAAGAGGUGGUGGAAGUAUCUCCUACUAGGCUUGGUGGACGUCGAGGCUAACUACACUGUGGUUAAGGCUUACCAGUACACCACACUCACCAGUAUACAGCUGCUGGACUGUUUUGUGAUCCCUGUGUUGAUGAUACUCUCCUGCUGGUUCCUGAAGACGUGCUACAGACCUGUCCACUACGUCUCUGUGUGUGUCUGUCUGCUGGGGGUGGGGGCCAUGGUGGGAGCUGACCUACUGGCUGGACGAGACCUGGGAUCCACCUCAGACAUUCUGCUAGGUGAUGGCUUGGUCCUGCUCAGUGCCAGUCUAUAUGCUGUGUCUAACGUGUGUCAGGAGUACACCGUCAAACACCUCAGCAGAGUGGAGUUCCUAGGCAUGGUCGGCCUGUUUGGCACACUCAUCAGUGGCAUACAACUGGGCGUUCUGGAGCAUAACAAUGUGGCAAACAUCCAAUGGGACUGGAGAAUCGGCCUGCUGUUUGCUGGCUAUGCCCUGUGUAUGUACACCCUGUACAGCUGUAUGCCCAUAGUGGUCAAGAAGACCAGUGCUACAGCAGUCAACCUCUCCCUGCUCACUGCAGACCUCCUCAGCCUCUUCUGUGGCCUGUUUCUCUUUCAAUACACGUUCUCAGGUUUGUACAUGGUGUCUCUGGUGAUCAUCCUAGUGGGCUUCAUCGCAUUCAACACCGUGGCAACGACCCCUGACCCUGCAGACCCCAUCGCCCCCUCCGGGGGCUGGGAGGAGGGCGGCUACGACAACCCUGAUGACAUCAUCGAAGAAGUGGUGGUGGCGGUUUUGGAAGAGGAAGAGGGUGAACACACAGGGGUGUCAUGGAAUCAGAGAACACAGAAUAAGGAAGUACCGGCAGAGGGACGGAGUACCAAGAUGUGAUCUGAUCUACUAGACGAGCACUUCCCAACUGUCUAUAGCUGUUAAACUCCUUGUCUCCUUUCUUUAAUUUGUGCCAUUCUAAUACAUCUACAGAUUGACAGGUGUAUAUAUGUACAGUAUAGGUGUGUUGUAAUAUUUGUCCACUAGUUGACUUGGCAGGAAGAAUAAUAAAUGUUUUAUUCCACAUU